CUGGGUAUCAAAAUUCUUUCCCCCAAAUCAGAGCCCCAGCAUGAAAGAACGUACUUUUGGCCUUCCUAAUUCUCCUCCUCUGCCUUAGCCAGAUGUGGUGAAGAAUCACAGCCACACCCAGUCUUCCCUUGAGGCCAGAGAAACCUACACACUGCGGUGGACCCUGGACUGAGACCAGCAAGACAGGAAAGAGUAAACCGGUGCAGAGCAGCAUCACCAAGUGGGCCUGACCCUCCAAACCAAGGCCUCUGGGGCUGGCUACCUGGACGACCCUGAACGAGGAUCAGAACCGGGAGCCCUUCUUCCUUCUCCCACUUGGAACCACGACCGUGGGUCUGAGUUUCCAAGGCCAUCUCCUGCCAAGUGCAGAGCUGGGAGACCGGCGGAGGAGACUCUGGAGACUCCUAGCAGCAGGCAAGACCGCGAGGCUUUAGUGCUCCUACAGCCUGGGCGCUCCAGGGGCACUCAGGUCAGGCGGGAGCAGCCUACAACCUGCUCCUUCGAGGGCACCUCGAGGAGCUGCCAGGAGAGAGGCAGGGGCAGCCCCAGAGCACCUGGCUACAGUCGGGGUAGAGGUAUCGCUCAGAUCUGGAACUGGCCAAGAGAGCAAGUCCCCAUUAUCAUCUCCCGCUGGUCCCAGAAGCCCUCAGACCCUGAAUUUGGAACCCAGACUCCGACUUUUCACCGGCUGCCUGCCCGCCCUGUGGGUAAGACGAUCUGGGCUCCCGCUUAGGGCAGCGGCACGGACGCGGGUCCAAGCCACCCGCCCGCCCCUUGUACCGGGACCGGAGCCCCCGCAGCCCGCUUGUUGCGGCCACCCGGCUCUGACCCCCUCGCGCCCCCGCGCGUCCAUCUCUGUUCCCAGAGCGGUGCAAGUGAUGUAAGGCGGCCAGGCUCGCGCGCUUUCCUCCUGCCGGGACAGAGUCCUCCCUCCCCGCCGGCGGCAGCGCUGUGCGCCCACUCUGCUGCUGCGCCCAGGCUCCGCUUCCAGAGCUCCGGCGACCUGCACGCCGCCGCCAAGCGCGAGGCUGGGAAAGACUCUCCUCUCCUCUCCCACCUCCCUGCUCCCCUGCCCCACCUCCUGUGUGCAGCGUCGGUGGGGGAAACCAGGCUUGGCUUUCCGAACCCGGGGAGAGAACCGAGGGACAGCCCAUAGGAAGGUUUCUGGAGACAUUCAGAGUCUCUCCAUUCACGGUGGCAGGAGCCUUUCAGAAUAGAGAAGGGGUGCUUCCUGGCUACCAAGCAGCCCCCAACCUGGAUGGAGUGAAAGAUGCGUCCCGAUGACAUAAACCCGAGGACUGGGCUGGUGGUGGCCCUGGUCAGUGUUUUCCUGGUCUUUGGCUUCAUGUUCACUGUCUCUGGCAUGAAGGGGGAAACUCUGGGGAACAUCCCUCUGUUGGCCAUCGGGCCAGCCAUCUGCCUUCCAGGCAUCGCAGCCAUUGCUCUGGCCAGGAAAACCGAAGGAUGUACCAAGUGGCCAGAGAAUGAGCUACUCUGGGUCCGCAAGUUACCCUGUUUCCGGAAGCCCAAGGACAAGGAAGUGGUAGAACUGCUGAGGACCCCCUCAGACCUGGAGUCCGGCAAGGGGAGCUCAGAUGAACUGGCUAAGAAGGCAGGCCUCAGAGGGAAGAUGCUCCCACAGGGGCCAGGUGAGGUACCUAUGGCCAGCUCCAUAACCACCCCCACCCCCACAGAGGAAGGAGAAUGCCAGAGUUUAGUCCAGAGUGGGCGUCAGGAGGAGACGUCCAGAUACCUGGAUGGCUACUGCCCCUCGGGCAGUUCCCUCGCCUACAGUGCCUUGGACGUCAAGGGCUCAACCUGGGACAGAGCUGACCGCCCUGAGCCUGAGGAUAGCAUCUUCUUUGUGCCCCAGGACAGCAUCAUCGUUUGCUCCUACAAGCAGAACAGCCCUUAUGACAGAUACUGUUGCUACAUCAAUCAGAGCCAAGGCAGGUGGGACCACGAGACGAUAGUCUGAUCUGGGCAAACAAGGGUCCCAUCUUGACAGCCACAUUGCUACCCUCAGCUCCCAAUGGAAGAAAAUCUCGGCUCCAACGGCCUCCUCGCUAUUAGAAACUGGCUUGGUAUGUGAUGGGGUGCAGACCUCUGGUGCCUGGUACUCGUGUAAAUAGGCAUGUGGGGGGGCAUAUUUUAGGGAAGUACUGAGAAUUACUUCUCUUUAGGGAAGAGGCAGUAAAUAGGAAAGAAAGUUCCAUUUGCUUCUGAACAAUUUAAACAAUGUUGAAUGCUUUGUAAAACAGCCCCCAAAGUGCUAGGAAGCCCCUGGUGACAGCCAGGGACACAGAGAGUGAGCCAGGUAUCAAAUGUCGCAGGGGCUAUCUACACAGAAGCUGGCUGCUUUGUGUCUGAAGAAAGUGAAGGAAAAUUUGUGUUCUUUUCCACAAAAUGAGUUUUGCCUGUUGAAAAGCUUUUCACGUAUGGUAAUUGCUGAAAGAAAUAAAAAUCGAGGUAGAAUAGGGGAAACCUCCUUGGAUGGGAUGAAUUUUGGAGGAAGGGGAGUUAAAAGUAGUUGGAAUGUAUGAUUGAGUCCUGGCCUCUGGCAAGACCAUGGUUUCAAAUGAAGUGUUGACUAUGUUAUGUGAACUCUUAACUCUUCAUUUGAGUUGGUUUGCUGGGACUGUAUCUGAAGUUUUUAAGUAUUUAUUAACACUUAUGUAUUUCCUUACCAGGUGCAAAGUGACUUGAUGUAAUAUUUUCAUAGAUUAGAAUUUCUUUUUAUCAAGACAAAACAAAUUUUACAUAUAUAUGUCUAUCUAAGUGUCUUCAAAGUUUCUGAGAGGCAUGUACUAGGAAUUACUAUAUGCCUUUUAGAACAUGAAACUACAAAGUCAAUUAAUUAGUCCUGAACACUAUGAAAAAUGUAUAUGAAAUGAAAUGCUGUUGUCUGUACAUUUGUCCAACAACCUCCCACCCCCGACAAUGACUGUAAUGCCAAUGAAACAAGAAUUCAUUUGUAAGAUUUAAUGGAAACUCAUAUUUUAUUAAGUUCACUGGACCAGUGAAAUUUACAUGAUAAAAAUCUCAUUAUUUCCUACUAUUUUUGUGGUUGAGGGAAAAAACAUCAUAGUGUUAUCCUGAAACUUAUUUCCUAUUUCUCUUGCUUAAUUGCAACAGAUAAAAAAGAAUAAUCAGCUGAAAUGUCAUUUUAUCCCUCUUAUAGAAUAAUUGCAUUUAUGGGAAUGGUGAUAGAUUUAGUCUUGAGAAUUAGGACUAUUUUAUGCCCUUCAGUGAAUUUUAAUUCUUAUUGUUAUACCAACUAUUAUUAUUAGUCACUGUCUCCCAAAAAGUGAAUUAAGAACAAAAAUUUGGAGGGGGCGGCUUACCUCUUUUAUGUAUUUCAAGUUCAACUCGGUGAUUCCUAAGUUAACUGUCCUUUCUUAAGAAUUAUACUCUUAAAAGUCAUACUUUUUUAAUGAUGUUUAAGAUCAAAAGUAUGUCAUAUUUUUAGUCAGGCCUCAGUGUGGGGAAAUGAGAUGUGUGAUCUUGGACAAAGUUCAUUCCAACACCUCAGUUUCCUAGUCUAUGGGAGAGGAAUGGGGGAAAGACUGAUUUACACUACAUUGUUUCCAUCGUUCAUUUCCAGGUAGGCUAUUCUAAAACAUUAAAUCAAAGGAACUGUAUGUUGCAGGAAGUAAGCUACAGCAAAAUGCAUGCCCAUGUUAUGCAAUACACGAUCAAGACCAUGCAAUGUGGAUUAAACUGCUACCACGCAAAAGAAUUUUGUAGAUAUAUGAAAGCCGAUGCAUUCCAUUACUAAAUAUUAUGUAUUAGACACCAAUAUGUUCCUGGCCAUAAAACUGAAAAUACUGAGGGUAAGAUAUUUUUGAAGAAAAAGUGUCUUAGUGGUGAUGAAUCCCAAAGUCUUCUGCCACACAGCUUUGCACUCUGUGUGACUGGCUCUAGAACUGAGCUGGUGAGGGGUGGGUUCCUAAAUCACAGUAUCGUUUUGAAGGCAGAAAAUAAUGUUUACGGUGAGAAGAUUAUUGGAAAUUCAGUAACAAAUGUUUUCUCCAAUGAACUUGCCACUGUUGGCAUUGUCAGGAGCAAGGGGAAUAGACAGAUGUUUGUUUGGGCUCAGUGAGUCUGACAUGGGUCUGAGGGGAGGGAGGGGACAGAAUGUCCGCUAAGAUUAGGAAUUUGGAGAAGUUGCCUUCUGGAAACAGUUUAGAAUUUUUCACUUGAUGUGUACAUGUAUGCACAGAGUCCCAUUUCCAAAUCAAGGGUCAAAUACUGACUUAGAGAUAUAAGCUAUUUUUAAUCACAUUUUCAAAUUGUAUUUCAGAAAAAACAAUUCUUCCAUUUACCUAUUUAAAAUAUGGAAGCUCUCUAAGUAUACACUUGUGGGUACUUUUUCCUGUGCCAAAAGAAUAAUUUUCAGAUGUUGGGCUGAGAGAUUUAACCUUCUUUACCCAAAGAAUAAAAUGUGAGUUGUGA